CUAAGAAGAAAAAGAAAGUCGGUGUUGUUAAAAAAAAACCAAUUGAAAAUGUUAAUUCUUCAAAUUCUUUACUAAAUGGUUCAGCACUUAAUAUUAAAGAUCAAAUAUGUAAUCCAAAAAGUGAUGGUAACUGUGGAUUUAGAGCACUUGCUAUUGCCAUUCGAGGAAAUGAAGAAAACUGGAAUCUUGUUAAACUGGCUAUGAAUGGUCAAUUGAAUAAGCGUAUAGAAGUUUAUAAAGACUGGCUGGGUUACGACAUUGAUUUACUCAAAUGGAUAUUAGAGUCUCGAGCAUCACCAUGUACAUCUUCACUUUGGUUUUUGUCACCUGAUUGUGCACAAUUGGCUGCUGAUACUUUUUCUAUUCCUAUUGCUAUCUUUGAUGAAAAGGAUGAACAAUGCGCAAUAUUUUUUCCAUUAAAAUCAGCGCCAAUACAUAGAAAAAAUCCGAUU